GAAAUUCAUGAUCGUGUUUUUCAUUACUUUUCGCAAAAAUACUGUGAGAUUGAAAGUGGAAAGCUACCUGGUGGACGGCACCAAGUGGUUUCUAAUUUCGAACCAAGAAGAGCUUUGAGGAAGAAGAAGAGAGAUGACCGGAGCUGUUGCAGCGGCGUCGUACCUAGCUCGGAGAGCGGCGCAGAAGGAGAGAGUGCGGAUUCUCUACCGCCGUGCCCUCAAAGACACGCUCAACUGGGCUGUCCAUCGCCACAUCUUCUACAGUGAUGCCGAUGCUCUCAGGGAGAAGUUCGAUGCUAACAAGCACGUGGAAGAUGUUGAGACAAUUGAUAGAAUGAUAGCUGAUGCCGAGGCGGCCUAUGAUAAGUGGAGACAUCCUGAUCCUUAUAUUGUUCCAUGGGCUCCUGGUGGUAGCAAGUUUAACCGAAAUCCCGUGCCUCCUUCUGGGAUUGAGAUAAUAUAUAACUAUGGCAAGGAAGACAACGAUUAAGGCCAAAACUUUCUGAAGGAAAUAAUUUGAGAUUUAAGGAGCUACAUUAUGGAAGAUUCUGGUCCAUGUUUCCUGGUUUCCCCAGUUAAGUUUAACAUUCAAAAAUCAUAUAAAUAAAAUACUUGCCUGGUUUGGUACUGUAAUUCGUAAUUGGGGAUGCAGUGUUUGUACUCUUGUUUAAACUCAGAAUUGCUCUCCUUGAUUGUGUGUGUUGCUUUAAACUUGAAGGUUCAUUUGGCAAUCAUCAAAUCCUUAAAUUUGUUUUUUAAAAAAAUUGAAUUGAGUCCUUAGCAAAAACCUUUAUUGGUCUGCAAUUACAAGCUCGAACUUUUGUUUGUGUUGGGUGCUUUGUGAUGGUGGUAUUAGAGUGUAGUUGACCUAGAGGUCGCGAGUUUUAAUCUUGCUGUCACACAAUAUGAUUAUUGUAUGUUACAAACCAUAUAAUAACUACUAUGUACUAUA